AUGGACGAUGUUUUUCAUGAGAAGCUCAACAUGUCAUGGAACGGUGUGUAUGCAAUGAUUUGCAACGACACUGACUCUAGUAUGAAGGAAAUAUGCGCAGAGCUGAGCCAUCACUAUCAAACGGCUAACAGUACAUCUCAGCAAUCAAAGGACACCUUAAAUAAGAUCAUCAUAGCAGGAAUCAUUACAUUCGUCGUGGGUGUCUUGUUCAACUUACUCUUGUUGAUCACCAUAUGGUCACGAAAGAAUUUACACAAGUCGUCGUGGGUGUUUGUAUCUAACCUAGCCAUCGCUGAUAUACUGGUACUUGUCUCAAUGGCGAUAUAUCUAUUCUACAUAGCCUACACCCCAUCAUGGCCAACAAGUGUACAUAUAUUCCUGUUCCCUUCAUUGGACAUCUUUCUUUCGUCCGCUUCGAUGUUAUCAGUAGCUUCGAUUGCAUUUGACCGUCUUAUGGCGCUCUCGUUGUGCCAACAAUUCGCCGAACGUUACAACCGCAUGGCACCACGAUCCAUCAUUACAUCAAUUUGGUUGUACAGUAUUUUGAUUUUCUUGCUGGCCGCUGGAAGAAUGGUACUUUCGCAAAAUCAUAUUUAUAACAUGGUGGUCUUCUGGAUGGCGACGUCUGUUGCCUUUUUCGCGUCGAUACUUCUGACCUUCACGUGUUAUAUUGUUAUUGUGGUGUGUUACGUUCGAAAAAGUGGCUUUUACAACAAGUUAAUUCAAUCUUCGCUUGUUAUCAAAUUCUUAGGAGAUGAUCUAAUCGUUUUGGAAGGUCCGCUUUCAAAUAUUGGCGUGACAGGAAGACGAAGUGCGAAAUCUUUGAUCCUAAUCCUAGCUUCACUACCAUUUUUAACGGGCUGGUCGUUCUUUCUUGGGGUACAAGUCUAUGAAGUCAUCUCGGGUGUGUUUUUGACAGAUUUUAAUUUAAAUAUGGCUAUGCUGCUCGUUCCGUGGGCUGCUUCUGCGUUUAACCCGAUAGCGUACAUAUGCUUGAUUCGAUCAAUCAGACAGGAGGUUAAAAAAAUGUUAAAACGAUUCUUUCGAUGUGGUAUACACAAUGUCAAUCCUGUUGUUAAUGUUGGAGAAGCAUUAGUUUAA